AUGUUUGCCACACGCGCUCACUUCUUCACCAGGCUCGUGGCAACACUUGGCUCCAAGUCCAACCUGAAAAAGGUAUCUCGUCGCGCGAUCCUUGACGUCGACCUUCAAAAGGCAUGCAAGACCAUCACGGAGCCCGAGGUGCCCCUGGCGCUGAGGUUGCAAGGCAGUCUGCUGUUUGGCGUCUCCCGAGUAUUCCAGCGACAAUGCGAUUAUGUAUUGACAGAUGCCACGAGUUUGAGAGACAAGAUGAGGGACACGGUCCAUGUCUUGAAAGAGAUGGAGCUGGACCCGGAUGUUGGAAAGACGCGGCCGGAACAACUUAACCUCCCAGAAGACCCAUAUUUCAAUCCAGAUCUUGACAUCCACUUCGAUCUCUCCGCGUUUGGAUUCGCCUCAGAAGACUUCAGCCCCUCCAUUGGCGCCUCGUCGUUUUUCACACUGCCUUCAAGCCAGACCAGCGACUCUCUCCACGAUGAGACAGCCGAAUUUGAGAUUGAGAUGCCUUCCUUCGAUACGCCUGCUGGAGCCAGUGGCGGCCUCGAUGUGUUCAUCCAUGGAGAGACAAGCUCUGUCAUGCAGACUGGCAGCAGGGCCGAUCCUUAUUCGGUCUUUGAAGAAGAAUCUGCCAUCAUGCAUGAACCACUCUUUGACGUUGAUGAGGAUGGCUUUCUCCGGCCCGCUGUCCCGGAGAGUCUUUUGGGCCUCGAGCGACCAACCGAUGCUGGGCAACAACGGCAAAUCGACCUCAUGGCUGGUGACUGGGAUGGUAGCGUACAUCCGCCAAGCGCAAGAGAUGAUGAGCUAUUGCCAAACCUCGACGAAAUGAAUGUUGUUGGACACGAUGAGCCAGCCCUCUUACCACCAGCUCCUCAAAUCCCUCUGACCCCGGAGCUUGAAGACGAAGGAUUCCGCCAAGGGACACAAGCAACCUCCUCCGUCCAAACGUUCGAGGAAAGCUCAGAGACAGCAGAGGCACCCGAGCGUCGCGGACGCAGUGUGAAGGCAAUCCGACCAGAUCGACAGACAGAAUUGAGUAAUCGAGAUCUCAACGAGUGGAACCAGAAUUACCUUGCCAACAUGGCAGCUGCUUCUCGUACCAGACAGAGUCAGAUAGCCUGCUUCGAGGCCAAGAAGAACGCCAAAUUCUGGAUCCUACAGCAAGGAUUGGGGAAUGUUGCCUCUUGUUUCGGGGAUGACAGAGUCCCACACCCUUUCACCGUCUUCAGUGGUCAGUCGCUGUGGGACAUGUUGAGCGGCGAACUGGGACACGGAAAGAAAAGAUCACGAAGUAGUUCUCUUGACGAGGAUGAACAAGAGGACGACAGGCGAGUAAGAGCCAGGACAAUAUCCGAAGGUGAAAUCGCUCGCGGAGGAGAUGACAUGGGAUUCCCAUAUACCGACGACAACGGGUUGAUAUUGCCAGGCGAGGACUUCCGUUUUGAAGCUGAGGUUGGUCGCCAGGGCCCUCCAUCCUUACUUGACCAAUCGUCUGGCAUGCCAUGGAAUAUCUCUGGAUCUCGUCACAGCUCGGCACAGCCUUUGGGGAGCGGCCUUAUCUCGAGAUUGGGCUCAAGCAUCGGUGGUCUCCAUGGCGGCAUAGAGCCAGGACCACCUUCUGCUAUAAGUAGACGAGGAUUGCGUCUGACUUCUGCGAGUCCACUUCUCGGGAGAGGAAUAGCUUCGCUGUCCAGACAGAGCAGUCGGGAACCUCUCGACACGUCACGAGUCACGAGCGAUGAGGACGUCUUCGCAGAUCUAGACGCGCAGCUGGGUGCAGACAUUGAUCCAGAUUUCGAACUCUACGGACCUUCCGUGACUGUCGACACGCAAACGGCUGCACAGUCUCAAUGGGUGGCUGCAACUCUGGAGAAUGAAGCAUACAAUUUUCUUACCUUUGUCAACACGAAAGUCCAAGAGAAGGCAGAACAGCAAGAUGGUACUGGAGAGGGAAGAAAUGCAGCACAAGAGAUGACGAUCACCUUAGACGAGCUCCUCCCACCAUCCCAGAACUCGCAGAUCGUGGGUGCCCAAGCUCUACUUCACGUUCUUGCGUUGACCACGAAGGGGUUGCUAAAGGUCUACCAGGCCGAUGGGUUUGGUGCUAUCGAAAUCUCGGUCACAACGGUUGAAAUGAGCUGA